CUUUGUUUUUGAAUUACCUUUAGAUAAAUGCAAGAAUGUAUGAUAUGACCUGUAUAAUGAUUCAUAUUCUCACCCUGCUUUUUAACCCUGAUUUCAUUCUUAGACUCUCCCCUUCCAUGGAUUUUAAAGUUCAAGACACACUUCACUUCUCUGUGUUCCUCAAAAUGUCCAUCUAAAUAUUCCUCCUUCUCCUGGCUAGUUCCUUCAGAUGACAAUGUAUUGUUCAUUACCUCAGGAAAGCUUUCACUGAUGUCCCAAGUCUGACUUAGAUCUUAGUUAUUUUAUUUUUUGACAGACAAUCAGCACUUACAAGCCACUUUGUAAAUAAUAACUCAUUAUAUGCCUAUGAUAAUAAUCAUAAGAGGCAAAUACUAUUAUUGCCCCAUUUUACGGGUGAGGAAACAAAGGUAUCUGUAACUUGCCCAAGUUUAUAAAUAGAAGUGUGACAGAAGUAGGAUUCUGAGUGACAGAAGUAGGAUUCUAAUAUUGACAAUUUGGUUCCAGAUCCCAUAUUUCUAACACUAAGGUAUGCAACCUUCUAGCUACAAAAUGUCCUUUCUAGGUAUUUCUAUAUUACUUUUUAUAUAUGCAUACAUUAUGACAUACUUCAGUUAUUUGUAUGCCAAGUUUUCUAGCUUAUGAGCUCCAUAAUAGCAAGAAUUAUCUCCAAUUUAUUUGAGCCAUGUCUUUCUUUAUAUUUUUAAAAUAUAAAAGUGAAAAAAGUAAUGACAUUACUAACUACAAUUGAUGUAACAAGUAUUUGCAAGAGUGAAGAAGAGAAUAUAUUUGUAAUUACUCAAGAAAUGACUAAAUACAAAUUUAUUUCUUCAGGCUAUUUAACAGAUGCUUUUGUGUCAAGCAUUCAAAACAGUGAUAAUGCAGUGUAUGGACCUUUUCUGGAUUCAAAUUAAAACAAAUAAAUAGCAAAGACAAUUUUGGAGAGAACUGGGGAAAGCCAAAUGCAGUAUAAGUUACAUCGAGGAAUUGUUGCUAAAGUUGUUGUGAACACUGUAUUACAAUUAUUGUUUAAAAGGCCUUAUCUAUUAGAAAUACGUAGUGAAGUAUUUAAAGGUAAAAAAUAUGAUGUCUGGGAUUCAUUUUGAAUACUCCGGAUGUGUUUAUGAAUUGCUUUUCAAAGAGGCAAACUUUUUAAAUGAAAAAAACCAUAAAGACGCAUGGUGGCGCUACAGGAUAAGAUGAGAACAGUACAAAGGCUGGCACGUUGACCUUCACUACUCAGGAGAACAGAAAACAUCCAACCCACUGAAAAGACAGGCAUUAAAGGAGAUUCGCCUACCGGGCUGCUGGAGGAUACACUCUUCAGGGGUUUCCUAUUAAAAACCAGAGCUUCAGCUUCCAAAAUUGGGGCUGAGCUUGAAUUUUUUCAGAAGAGGUUGCCUGAAAGAACCAUGAAGAUCAGAGGGGCACUCACUCUGCAAAAAAGGCAAGUUCUGAUAUUCUUUGUUUUGCUGGGAUUGUCUCAGGCAGGUACUGAAUCUGCACACUAUUCUGUUGCAGAGGAAACAGAAAUUGGCUCUUUUGUGGCCAAUCUGGCGAGGGACCUAGGGCUGGAGGUGGAGGAGCUGUCUUCACGGGAAGCCCGGGUAAUGUCUGAUUAUAAUAAAAAGUAUUUGCACCUUGAUUUGCUGACUGGGGACUUGCUCCUAAAUGAGAAACUAGACCGAGAAGAGCUGUGUGGCUCCACCGAGCCCUGUGUGCUACAUUUUCAGGUGGUUUUGGAAAACCCUUUGCAGUUUUUUCAGGUUGAGCUGCAUGUCAAAGACAUAAAUGAUCACUCCCCUACAUUCCUAGACAAUGAAAUACUUAUUAAAAUAUCAGAAGGUACCACUGUUGGAACUACAUUCCUAUUGGAGAGUGCUCGAGAUUUGGAUGUCGGAAGCAACAGUCUCCAAAACUACACAAUUAGCCCCAAUUCUCACUUCUAUAUUAAAAUUCCAGACAGUGGUGACAGAAAGAUAUACCCAGAGCUGGUCCUAGAUAGAGCUUUAGAUUAUGAGGAGGAAGCUGAACUCAGAUUAACACUCACGGCACUGGACGGCGGAUCCCCACCCAGGUCUGGGACAACUUUGGUUCUCAUUAAGGUGUUGGACAUCAAUGAUAAUGCCCCUGAGUUUCCUCAGAGUCUCUAUGAGGUGCAGGUCCCUGAGGAUAGACCCCUUGGCUCCUGGAUUGUUACCAUCUCAGCUAAGGAUUUGGAUACAGGAAACUAUGGGAAAAUAUCUUACACAUUUUCCCAUGCAUCAGAAGAUAUUCGUAAAACAUUUGAAAUCAAUCCAAUGUCUGGAGAAGUUAAUUUGAGAUCACCCCUGGAUUUUGAAGCAAUACAGUCCUAUACUAUAAAUAUUCAGGCAACAGAUGGUGGGGGUCUUUCAGAAAAAUGCACUCUUCUAGUUAAAGUUACGGAUAUAAACGACAACCCACCAAAAGUGACCAUGUCGUCGAUUACAAAAAGAAUUCCAGAGAAUGCCUCAGAGACCCUAGUAGCUCUUUUUAGUGUCCUAGACCAAGAUUCUGAGGACAAUGGGAGGAUGAUUUGCUCUAUUCAGGAUAAUCUCCCUUUUAUCCUGAAACCGACCUUCAAGAACUUUUUCACAAUAGUUUCUGAAAAAGCACUGGACAGAGAGAGCCAAGCCGAGUACAACAUCACCAUCACCGUCACUGACUUGGGAACGCCUAGGCUGAAAACCGAGUACAACAUAACCGUGCUGGUGUCCGACGUCAACGACAACGCCCCUGCUUUCACCCAAACUUCCUACAUCCUCUUCGUCCGCGAGAACAACAGCCCCGCCCUGCACAUUGGCACCGUCAGCGCCACAGACAGAGACUCAGGCACCAACGCACAGGUCACCUACUCGCUGCUGCCGCCCCAGGACACGCACCUGCCCCUCGCCUCCCUGGUCUCCAUCAACCCGGACAACGGACACCUGUUCGCCCUCCGGUCCCUGGACUACGAGGCCCUGCAGGCGUUCGAGUUCCGCGUGGGCGCCACAGACCGCGGCUCUCCGGCGCUGAGCAGCGAGGCGCUGGUGCGCGUGCUGGUGCUGGACGCCAACGACAACUCGCCCUUCGUGCUGUACCCGCUGCAGAACGGCUCCGCGCCCUGCACCGAGCUGGUGCCCCGGGUGGCCGAGCCGGGCUACCUGGUGACCAAGGUGGUGGCGGUGGACGGCGACUCGGGCCAGAACGCCUGGCUGUCGUUCCAGCUGCUCAAGGCCACUGAGCCCGGGCUGUUCGGCGUGUGGGCGCACAAUGGCGAGGUGCGCACCGCCAGGCUGCUGAGCGAGCGCGACGCGGCCAAGCACAGGCUGCUGGUGCUGGUCAAGGACAAUGGCGAGCCUCCGCGCUCGGCCACCGCCACGCUGCACGUGCUCCUGGUGGACGGCUUCUCCCAGCCCUACCUGCCGCUCCCGGAGGCGGCCCCGGCCCAGGCCCAGGCCGACUCGCUCACCGUCUACCUGGUGGUGGCGUUGGCCUCGGUGUCGUCGCUCUUCCUGUUCUCGGUGCUCCUGUUCGUGGCGGUGCGGCUGUGCAGGAGGAGCAGGGCGGCCUCUGUGGGUCGCUGCUCGGUGCCCGAGGGCCCCUUUCCAGAGCCUCUGAUGGACGUGAGCGGCACCGGGACCCUGUCCCAGAGCUACCAGUACGAGGUGUGUCUGAUGGGAGGUUCCGGGACAAAUGAGUUCAAAUUUCUGAAGCCAAUUAUCCCCAGUUUUCAAGUUCAUGACGCUGAUAGAAUCUUGCCAUGCUUCCCAGUCUGGUCUGGAACUCGUUGGCUCAAGAGAUCUUCCCACCUCGGCUAGCUUUUUGUUUUUGUUUUUUGAGAGACAAGGUCUCACUUUGUUGCCCAGGCUAGAGUGUAGUGGCAGGAUCUUGGCUCACUGCAGCCUUGACAUCCUGGGCUCAAGCCAUCCUCCUGCCUCAGCCUACCAAGUAGCUCAGACUACAGGCACCCACCACCAUUCCCAGCUAAAUUUUUGUAUAUUUUGUAGAGAUGGAGUUUUGCCAUGUAGCCCAGGCUAGUCUCAAACCCCUGAACUCAAGUGAUCCACCUGCUUUGGCUUCCCAAAGUGCUAGGAUUACAGGCAUGAGUCACUGCACCCUGCCUAGUUUUCUUAAAACUCACCCUCUUCAUUCACUUUAAUUUUGUAUUGUUUAUUGCUAAAACAGAAAAUAGUUUAGGGUCUUAUCCUGGGUAAAAUAACUUUCUAUCAGACGAGUACAAAAUAAGAGCUUCAUAAGAAAUUGAAAUGAAGAUUUAAACUGUUAAAAAAUGAUUUAGGUUCACUUUCCCAUUAAUUAUUGAGUAAAGAUAAAACAUCAUUAAUACUUUGUGGCCUCUCUCAGAUGCCUACAAAGAAGGAAUGGGUGGGCAUUUAUGGUUUAUAGAUGCCUCAUCAUGUUACAAAUUUUAUCUCAGAUCUAAAAGAAAGUUCAAUAGAAGAGUAUAGAUAGACAUUUUGAUAACUAGGAUGUAGUGUAGAUAUAAUGGAAUUUCACUUGCCAUUGUGAAAUAGGUGAAAUAAAUUCCAAUUUCCUUAGAAAUUUUUUCCUGUAUUUCAUGCAAUUUUCACUGAUUUUACUUUCCAAUGUAACAGGUAAUUGUUAGUUAUGUGGAUUUCUCAAAAUUAAAGGAUAGCACAGACAAACUAACAGAUGACAGUGAGAAGCCACCUGCAGUAUUUUAACUGACAAGAUUAAUAUUUACAUUAUUCAAAUAACUCUUGCAAAUCAACAACACCAACAAAGCCAGGAGAGACAAUAGGAUUUUUUAAGACAAAGAAAAAGGAAUUCAAGAAAGGGGAAAGCAGAAAGUCUGAAAAUAACUUGAAAUGAUGUUUAGUUGGUGAAACAUACACUAAAAUUAGUAAAGAUGAGAGAUUUGGGUAAUAUCAAGUGGAAUAAUAGGAAAUCACAUGUGCAGC